GUGAAAGGGAAAGUAUCAGCUGCGUGAGGCUACUGCAAGAGUAGUGGACAUUUCUGAAUCAUGUGCAAACUGUCUGUCUUUUUGAUUGUUCUUUCCUUUUACACCAUUGUCAACGCAGAUCCAGGAUCACAUUCUCUGUGGGCACUUGCAACAUACAUCAUCGGAGAGACGCCUUUCCCUGAGUUUACGGUUGUGGUGAUGUUGGAUGAUGUUCAAGUGGGUUACUAUGACUCCAACAUGAAACACUUAAUCUACAGUGGACUUCCAACUUACAAAAUACGUGAUGACGAAGCUCAGGACGGAGCUUAUGUAUUUGGAAUUAUAUACCAGAGCAUUAAAGAGAGAUCCUUUCAGCUAAAGCACCACUUAAAUCUCACAAGAGGUGUUCAAGUUCAGCAAAGAAUAGCUGGCUGUGAGAUGUUGAACAACGGUGAACUGAUGAUCAUGUCAAAGAAUACUUUCAAUGCAGUUUUUGUAGAUCAUGAAAUAUAUUACAACAUGACACAUUUUACAUACAAUUCUGGGAAACUACUACCAGAAUGGGAUGCGAUGAGGAGAGAAUAUCUUAAAACACUUUUUGGGAACGUUUUACUUCCCAUUUGCAUCAGAACACUGAAGACAAUCCUGAAGAGGGAGAAGAACGUUGUGAUGCGUAAAGUUCCUCCCAGACUCAGGUUGAUAAAGAAAGAGGUUUCUGGAGGGUUUCAGGUGAGCUGCCUGGCGUUUGGUUUCUACCCCCGCCACAUCAACCUGACCCUGCUGAGAGACGGCCAGCCAGUGGCAGAACAGGAGCUGACAGGGGGGGAGGUUCUGCCUAGUGGAGACGGGACCUACCAGCUGAGGAAGCGUCUGGAGGUCAGUACUGAGGAGCUAAAGAAGAGACACAACUACACCUGUACUGCCUCUCACCUCAGUCUGGACAACAAGCUGGAUGUCAGUUGGGAGUCUGGGGCAGAGAGAGUUCACCUAUCCACCCUCUCAGCUCUACUGGUGAUGCUGCUGGUUGUUAUUCUAUUGGGCAUUUUCAUUUGUGUCAAAAGGAGGAGACGCAGCGCAUCACAGGCAUUGGUCACAACUUGCAAACGUUGAUGCAAAAGUGGCGGAGGAAAUGAACCAUUCUUCAGAUUCUGCAACAUAAAGGGACAUGUCAUAAUUUACUGGGUGGAUGGAGGGGGUCCCAAAGGGAGGGUUGUCAAACUUCUUAUUUUUUGCUUUGGGGAGUUUUUUUUAUUGGGCACAGGGGAGUAUGCUCUAUCUGGUAAGAAACAAUGAAAGAAGCGCCAGUAAACUAAUUUUGUGUGGACUGUGCACUGUAUUACUCUAUUGUAUGGACUAGAAUUACGCACCUUUUUCAAACCAUGAACCUAGGAGAGAACAUGCAUUAACAUUCAGCCAACAAGAGCUUGCAUCAAUCCAGCUUCCAACAAUGUAUUACAGUUUUUUCCAACUGCUUACAGAGUGUGUGUUUUCAAAACUGUAUCCUUUUUAUCAAAACUCUACACACAAUUCCCAAAACUGCACACACAAAAUGCAAAAUGCCAUAAACACAUGUCAGAAUGAAGCAUUUGCAUCAAAUGGCAAA